AUUGUGACAGUUGCCUAGGACGCCAAGUGACGCAAUAAAGCUUUUGGAGGUUAGAGCUUAGAGCUGUUUGCAUUUUUGUGGGUCCUAAGUUCGAACAAUGACUUUAGAGACAAUCCCAAAAGACUUACGCGGUUUACGGGCUUGCUUAGUUUGCUCGCUAAUAAAAUCCUUUGACCAGUUCGAAUACGAUGGGUGUGAUAAUUGCGAUUUCCUUCGAAUGAAAGGCAAUCGAGACAAUGUGUACGACUGUACAAGUUCUAAUUUCGACGGGAUGAUCGCAGCAAUGAGUCCAGAUGAUAGCUGGGUUUGUAAAUGGCAAAGAAUAAAUCGAUUUUGUAAGGGUGUGUAUGCCAUUUCGGUAUCUGGCCGAUUACCAGCAGGCAUUAUAAGAGAAAUGAAAAGCAGAGGCAUUGUGUACAGACCAAGGGACACGAGUCAACGAUAGAAACUCAUAUUACUAAGUUAUUCUGGAUGUAAUAAUUAAUUUGAAAUAAAAUUUAUUUACAAGCAAAUACAUAAA